GAGGGAGAAGAAGAUCCAUCACGCACACUGAGACGGAGGAGAGGAGCGAGAGAUUCAGCUGAGGAAAAGAUAACCCUCUCAAACACAGAUCCAUGGAGUGGAGUCUGAGAGCUAUCCCUGUCGCUGGGAUUUUCCUACUCUUUCUGAAGGUCAGCGUACAGAUAGACAACUUGGCAUUGAAAGGAGUGGCCACCCAGUCAUCAGGGUAUGGCAAUGCUCACAAUGCCAUUGAUGGGAACAGAGAAUCAAACUAUGGGAAAGGAUCCUGCACCCACACUGUACAGGACACCAACCCCUGGUGGAGAGUGGACCUGCUGGAUGUGACCAGAGUGACAGCUGUCACCAUCACCAACAGAGGAGACUGCUGUCCUGAGAGGCUUGAUGGUGCUGAGAUCCAUAUCGGUAACUCACUGGAUAGGAACGGCAUCAAAAACCCCAGAUGUGUUGUCAUAUCCCACAUCCCAGCAGGAGAGACCCACACCUUCCAGUGUAAUGAUAUGGAGGGUCGCUAUGUUGUUGUGGUCAUCCCUGGACAGAACAGGAUUCUCACUCUGUGUGAGGUGGAAGUAUAUAGCAUUCCUGCAGCCCCCAAGUCAAAGAGAACGGUGGUGAGGAUGAAGAUCCAAUCAGAUGCUGAUCUGACAGACCAGGCAGUCAGUGACCAGCUCCUACAGCAGCUGCAUGUAGAGCUCAUGAAGCAGGGUGUGUCUGACGUUCAACUGCGCUGGAGGACUCAACCAGAUGGACAGAUUUUCCACCGUGAGGAAGAAGAGGAGGGUGGAACCACUCAGACAGGUGUCUGUGGAACUGAAGGGGGCUAGCCUGGUGAGAGAAUCCAAGGAGACAAAAUAGUUUUAACAUUGGACUGUUUUGAUGACAUAAUCUAUCUACCGUAAAACUUCAAUUAAACACAGUCUCAAAUACACACCUGUUUCAAAUAAACUCAAGGUCUAAAUGAA